AUGGCAUUUAGGCUCCCACUCGAGAUCUUAUGCGAGAUAAUACGCCAUGUAGAACUGAAAUCUGAUCUUUACAACUGGUGCCUAGUAUCACGAGCUGCACGAGAUUUUGCGACUCCCCUCUUCUACAGAGAGAUCUGGGAUGCGACUUCCAUCGAACUCUCAAACGAAAGACGAAUAGAAAAUAUAGGAAAGUUCUCACAGUUGCCAUCGAACAGACUAGAGAAUGUCAAGAAGAUCGAGAUCAGAAAUCGCUAUCUAGGGGUAGAGUCCGAAAAGUCUGUUAACGAAAUGCUGGGUGCAAUUGAGUCUCUGACCAGGAAACUCCCUCGGCUCGAACAGUUCCAAUGGAAUUGCUACCUCCUUCCCCUGACCACCAUAGUCCCUGCCUUGCUUCAACUCAAGUCCCUCACUAGUCUGUGCAUUGAAUGUCCGAUGAAAAGAGACAUAUACAGAUUUGUGGAAAAUAGAGCGUUGGAAGAACAGAUUUGCAAAUUCCAGAACCUCCAAUCGUUGACCAUCCACGGCAUUUGGACUCCAAACUGCGCGUCGGCAAGACGUAUUGCCAGAGUAUUGAUAAACUCACCCAAACUGACGUCUCUCAGUUUAUCCUUGGACGAGCUCAGAUGUGAAGCUUGGGAAAGAAAUAACGAGACCAUCAUCAACGAGGAGGACGAGGCUUUCUGGGAGAACGAAGAGCAAGAUAUUGAGAUUCUUGAUUACUUCCCUGCCAUCUGUCGGGAGUUUCGUACUCCAACGCAAGAUCCCAGUACAGGCAAGCUCCAAUCAGUAGAAAUCCUGUUGCCGACAACAGCAUUACUGUCUUUAACCAAGUUAGAGCUUGGCGCCUGCUGCAUUCUGACUGAGGAUAUCCAUCUGUUGACGAACACUUCUGUUCUGGAACACAUCUAUAUUGAAAAUGUUGCCCAAGGAAUCUUCGCGUCGUCCAGCCCAUACUCCUUCUCUAAUUCAGCACUCUCUGCACUAGCCAAAUCAGCACCCAAACUACAAUCUAUCCGUUUCGAUACAUUCGAUUAUGAUUGCGACGCCACUGGCUUACAUCUACAAACGGAUUUUCCAGCACUAGAUAGUUUUUACGUCAGAGACGAGUACGAGGGCUUGGUGGAAGAGUUGGCCAGGUCCGGUGGCAUAGAAUUUCACGCUGCACAUUGGAGGAGAUUGGCGCUUGGAAAUCCAGAAGACAAUCAGAUUUCAGAACUUGAUGAUGAAUUUGAAACUUUACUUUCCGGACUCAUAGUCAAUUGUGUACAUUUGACACAUCUGCGAGUAGGUCUCAGAUGGAACGAUAUGUCACUGCUGCUUCAAUGUUUGACAAAACUUCCCCAGCUAAGGGAAAUCCACCUCACAGUCAAAGCAAACAACGAGUCCGAUUUGCAACCGAUGCAUGAUUAUUUGGUUCAGGACAUGUUCCAACAUCACCCUGGCCUUCGAAUUGCGAGUAUGAUAAAGUCCGAACCCGCAGGCAUUUCUCGGCGAGAAUGCUGGCGGCGCCGCUGGGAUGGUCUGCAAAGUGUUUCGAGGGAAGAAAUCCAUCUGAUGAAUCGAGACGGAUUUCCCCGUACUCUCACAGACUAUUGA